AUGAACAUUCAGUGCACAGAGCGGUCUCGUCAGAUCCAAAGCAACAACAGCCUGACAAGUCAAAUUGCUGUCUCCGCAAACGCCCUCGUCGCAACAUUACCGUCGCCGCCGCCGCCGCCGCCGCCACCACCAGCAGCACCACCACCACCACCACCACCACCACCACCACCACCACCACCACCACCACCACCACCACCACCACCACCGUCGCCGACGUCGACCACCACCUCUAACAUCCCUGUCACAACGCUGCGACAACGUCAGUGA